GUGUGCGCGCGCGCGCGUGUGUGUGUGUGUGCGCGCGCUACGAAAAGCAGCCUGUAUGCACGCGCGCUUACUUCUGCCUCGUUGACACACGGGCGUGCUAUUUUAAACUGCAACACUGACAAAACCGUUGCUAUUUAGCAAAAAACAUUUAAUACAACAAACAAUAACUCCGAGUCCACGUUGAAUUCAUACGGAUUAUUUAGUUAUAGCUGCAUGAGGGACAAGCGAGUGAUGGCAAUGUUUCUGAACAAGGAGAUCAUCUUGAUAUUUCUUUUCCUUGGCAAUGCAGCCUCUCUACAAGUAAGCAUUACGCCCGCGCAAGGAGAAGUCAGCGUCGGAGAGUCCAAGUUCUUUUUGUGUGAAGUUGUCGGUGCAGUGAAGGGAAUCGACUGGUUCUCACCGAGCGGCGAGAAGAUCGAAUCCAACAGGCAGGACAUCACAGUGAUCCGCAAUGAUGACACAUCCUCUACGCUCACUAUCUACAAUGCUAACAUUGAGAAUGCCGGCACGUACAAGUGUGUAGCCACCAGCGGAGACCAGCAGGCUGAGGCCACAGUGAACGUGAAGAUAUACCAAAAGAUUACCUUCAAAAACUCCACAUCACCACAAGAGUUUACUGAGGGGGAUGACGCCGUCAUUGUAUGUGAUGUGAUUAGCUCCCCACCACCCACUGUCAUGUGGAAACACAAAAGGGCAAAAAUCCAGUUUGAUAAAGAUGUUCGGUUCAAAAUUUUGGACAACAACCACCUGCAGAUAAGAGGGAUCAGAAAGGCAGAUGAAGGAGUGUACACCUGCGAGGCCCGCAUUAUGGCUCGAGGCGAGAUUGACUUCCGUGAUAUCAGAGUCGUAGUGAACGUUGUUCCCACUAUCAGAGUGCGACAAGCCGAGGUGAACGCCACCGCUGACAUAAGCCAUUCUGCCAUGCUGGCCUGUGAUGCAGACGGCUUCCCCGAACCCACAAUCACAUGGACGCGUUCUCUCAGGAGUGAGGUUCUUCUGGAGAGUGGGGAUAAGUACAGCUUCAAUGAAGAUGGCUCAGAGAUCACAAUAAUGGAUGUGAAGAAGCUGGAUGAAGGAGAUUACACCUGCAUUGCUAGGAACAAAGCUGGGACGAGUGAAGAAGAAGUCAGCCUCAGAGUUUUUGUGAAACCCAAAAUCACAUACUUGGAAAACCAGACCACUACAGAGAUGGAGGAGCAGAUCAGGUUGACGUGCGAAGCCACAGGAGACCCAACACCCAGCAUCACGUGGAGCUUCGGUACACACGUCUUUGCCGAAGGAGAACAGGAGCAUCUAAAGAGGAUUUAUCAGGCAUCUUGGACUCGACCCGAACAACACAAGAGUGAAGAUGGGAGUGUGGUGGCUCGCAGUGACGCUCGUGUCUCCUCUCUGACGCUAAAGUACGUCCAGUACACCGACGCUGGACAGUAUCUCUGCACGGCCAGCAACGCCGUUGGCCAGAGCUCCCAGUCCACGUUCUUAGAAGUGCGCUACGCACCAAAAAUCCUGGGCUCAGUGGCAGUCUACACGUGGGAGGGGAAUCCUGCCAACAUCAGCUGCGAGAUCCUGGCUCACCCCAGUGAUGUGUCUAUCAUGUGGCUGCGAGAUGGACUCCAGCUACCCAACGCCAACUCCACCAAUGUCAAAAUCUAUACCACCCCCACUGCCAGCUACCUGCAGGUUAACCCGGACUCCCAGAACGACUUUGGCAGCUACAACUGCACUGCUUCUAAUGAGAUCGGGACUGAGUCCAAAGAGUUCAUCCUGAUUCAGGCUGAUGUUCCCUCGGCUCCAACCAUCACUCGGGUGGAACCCUACUCAAGCACGGCUGAGGUACUGUUUGAUGAACCUGAAGCUUCUGGUGGAGUUCCCGUGCUCAAGUACCGUGCCGAGUGGAGAGCAGCGAGCAAAAGCAACUGGGUCCAGCGCGUCUAUGAAGUUCGAGAGGGGCUGAGUGCAGUCACAAUCACAGGCUUAAAACCAGACACGAAGUAUGAAGUCAAGGUGUCUGCUAUCAACGGCAAGGGAGAAGGCGAGAGCAGCUCUAUAGUCACCUUCAAGACAGAGCCUGUUCGGGAGCCCAGUCCCCCUAAAUUGGAGGGAGCCCUACAGUCCAAAGGCAAUGCACUUAAAGUCAAGUGGAUCAAGCAGGAUGACGGAGGCUCGCCCAUCACACACUACCUCAUCCGGUACAAAGCUAGAGAGGAUUUGGCCUGGAAAGACGAGCUCCGUGUCCCGAGCACAAGUGGACACGUCCUCCUCAGCGGCCUGGACUGGAACACUGAAUAUGACGUGAUGGUGGUGGCCGAGAACCAGCAGGGCAAGUCGCAGCCUGGCUCAUUGAACUUUCGCACGUCCUCUGAGCCCUCCACCACCCCAGACUACAUGGAGGAUGGCCCAGGCCUGAGUACAGGGCUGAUUGUUGGGAUCCUCAUCCUGGUGUGUGUGGUCCUGUUGUUGGCCAUGGACGCCACCUGCUGCUUCGUCAACAAGUGUGGCUUGCUAAUGUGUCUCUGUGGCAAACCCGGGACCGGUCCAAAGGGCAAGGAUGUAGAGGCAGGAAAGGCUGCAUUUGUGAAGGACGACUCCAAAGAGCCCAUUGUAGAAAUGAGGACUGAGGAUGGGCUCACAGCCAAUCACGAUGUAGGGGGACAUGCUGAGCCAAAUGAGACCACGCCCCUAACUGAGCCAGAGCAACAGACAGAAGUAGUGUCUACUGUGGUGGACUUACCCCUGUCCUUGGCCACCAACUCAGACACAGUCACUGACACAUUUGACCUGAGUCAGAGCAGCCCUGUUAGUGAGAGCACCACUCUCACGUCCAGCCUCACAGCUCCUCCUUCUGAGCCCAAAUCCACCCCUAAAACCUCCUCCCAGCCCUUAGACACUUCACUCCUCUCAUCUGAUGCUCCCUUAGUCGAUCUGGCUGAUUCUCAGACCAGUAUCCAAUCAGCUGGUCAGAUUAAAUCUACAGAACUCGACACUCAGGCUCCACCUUCUCUUGCUCUUAGCACAGAGAAAGAAGCCAGAGAUCUGGAGGCAGAGCCAAUGCUUUUAGGAAGUCCAUGCGAGCCCAGAACGCUUGUCACUAAUCCACAGACCAGUGGUGCUCCUCCCUCCUCUGAGGAUCUUGAGCUCCAAAUAGAUGGAGGUGCCUCACUAACACAUUUCCCACAGGAUGGCUUACACUCUCUGGCUACAGCUGCCUCUACUGACCCAUCGGCUCCACAAAAUGAAAAAAUCCUAGAGGAGGAUGAGAUUAGAGCUGAGGAAGACAAGCUGAAGAAGGUCCAGCCAGAAGCACUGGCAGAACCAAAUGCGGUAUCGCAAACAAACGCCUCUGAGAGUAAGGCAUGAUCCGGCAAGCCCAAAGACGAAAGCGGCAACGUCACAAUGAACAUGCAGAUGUUCUUUCUACAGUGCCCUUAAUGAUCUUUUGUUUCUGAAACAACAAAGCGUAUCAAAAGCUUGUACAUUUUUAAGACUGAACUCUGGUGUACAUAAUGUAUGUAUGCCUUUUCCAUUUCGCGUUUGUUUCUGUUAAAUGAAGUAAAACCUCAAAGCAUUUCUGUUGCUCUUUUUCGUGAGUUGGCUGCAAAUUUCAAGUUUGAUAUUUUUCAAGAGGGUGUUUAUGAAAACCAGGCAUCUUACAUUCAGGUGAAUCACAGCACAUAUUCACUGAUAGUGUAGAUUUUAUUUUAUUUUAUUAUUUUACAUAUUACUUUGUUGAAAUGGAAAUGAUUACUCCUAUUUUUUAUCUAAGUCUUCUGAGGGCUAGUCUUGUUUAAUAGUUUGAUUGCAAAUCUUGUUUACAUUCUGUUUUUUUUUCUUGUUUGUUUGUUUCUUGGUUGUCUUUGUUAACCAUUGUGUUUGAAGAUAUUAAUGUACAACCCACUAUACUACAUAUAAUGCAGUAAAACACGGUGAAUGAGUGAUCUUCUAAGCACCAGAUUAAUUUAUAUUGAUAUUUCACAUCUACAUGUUUAUUAUUGUUAUUCUUAAUGCUUCUCUGACAGGAUUUCUUUUUUCAAAACAUGCGAGAGCAAAUUCUGAAUUAAGAGAAAUCUGACCAUUUUUAUACCGUGUACCUCCGGGUGAAAAACGUUUGUAUUACACAGCUGACUGCAAGCUUGUGCACUGUGUUUGUGUAUUCUGUAAGUUUUUGAGAAUAUCUGCAUAGCUUAAUGGUGAAAGGUAGCUGAUUUUACUUUGAUAUAACAUUAUGUAAAUUGAUAGCUGACAUCUGUCUGUGUAAAAGAGGAUCAAUAUGACACUCCUAUCAUUUAAAGUGUUCUUGAUUCUCCACUACCAAUUGCAUGAGUGUCUGCUAGCCCAUCACUGAUGUUCCAGGAAAUGUGUAGGGCACAGAUGGCAGAUGUGAUCUAAAUGUGCAUGCCCAGAGCUGUGUGUAGGUUGAUUUUUGGUGUUCAGCGUGCUAUAUAUUUCCAUCCAAAAGCAGAUAUUCAGCCUCUGGGGUACAAAUAAGAAAAGUGUAACUAUCUAUGCUCAAGGUAUAUAUUUCUUAUUAUUUUCCCCACUUUCAAUAUACUCAAAGCCAGUCUAACCAAACAGUGUACCUUGUAUUUCUGAGAUGGAUUCUUGUGAGGAAAUAAUGUAGGACAGUGAGUAAAACUGUGCUUUAAUCUGUUAAGCAUAAAACAAACAUGUCAUAAGUUGUGUUGUUCUAACACAUUUUGAUUAAACUCAUCGAAACGCAAGUCUACUUUCUCUGAAUUGUCUAUUUUCUUUUGUUAAGUCUCUUUAUUUUGUGAUGCAUGAGACAUGCAGGCUUCUGACACCCACAAGGGCUUAAACAUCUCGUGCUGGAAGGGAAGCAUGUCUGACGAUCUGUAAAUCUGUUCAGUCUGUAGUCUUGAUCUUGAUUCCUUAACUUCAUGCACUUCAACCAAAAUUUCUCCAUCGGCCUGGAGGGGAAAGUUUGUGAACUUUUCCAGUGAUGACCAGCAGAUGUCACUGGUGUGCUUUGUGAAACCAAAAUUGUGUCUUCAGCAGAGGAAGACUGUUUUCUGAGACCUUUUGAUAAACUACACAUGGUGUUAAGUCAGGGGUUCUCAAACUUUUUUCACCACCUUAACCUGUAGAAUAAAUUACAGGCACCCAUUCAGUACUGAUUUCUUUUAUGAACAGUCUUCAACUAUUCAAAUCUUAGGCCCAUUAUUUAAAUGUGUUUAGUGGUAUUUUUAUUUUAGUAGAACCAUGGAGCUUUUUAAUCCUCAAUCUUCUGCUUACAGAACACAUUAGGUCCAAGUUGACAUUAUUUAUAGGCCUACUUGUUUUGAGUUUUUGAGGUUUGGAUUAAACCCAUUAAAUGCAAUUGACUAGGCUAAAAUCUAUAGUAACUCAUUAUAAUGUAAUAAUAAAUGUAAUAAUUUUGAUGACGGAAGUGAUUUCCUCUGCUGUGGCAUAUAUAUCACAGACCGCCCUGGACAUGCUUCCUAGACCCCACUUUGAGAACCACUGAUGUUAAACAACAGGUUUGCAGUAACACUACCAGAACUCUACAUGGCAAAUGAAUCUACUUAAUUCUUUCUACUCACUAAAUAUUUUACUGAAUAUGUACUGAAUUGCACCAGGAUGCCACCGUCAAUGACAAACAAAUCGGUGAGACUUCUGUAGCUAUGACAGAAAAGGCUAGAGGUUAGAAAAUUCACUGUCUUUGCAUAAGUCAUAGAUCUUCUCAUAUAGUCUAUUUCCCAUGAGCUGUGUAGCAUGAUUGCUGUUUGAGAUCAGUGAACUGAGGCGUGGGAUUGUCUUCUCCGAAAUGAACAAAAAGAAAAUAGGUCUGCUGGGUGUUUUCUUCUGCAUCAGAGAUUUCGGACUGAGAGGGUUGAAGAGGCCACUGCUGUCCGCUGACUAGGAUACACACACAGGAUCUAGAUAACUCUACUGUGACCACUCACACACUGCUUCUGUGGCCUUAAAGAACCCCCAAAUCCACUGUAGCAUGUAAGAUAUUUAAAAAGUGAGAGGCAUUUUAUCAGAGUUUUAUCAAGUAUGCAGUCAUGCAGCCAGCAGAAAGGCAAUGAGCUCCUUCGCUCUUAAAGUAACACGUAUGAAAGUCUGACAAUAUAUGUCAAGCUAUAUGUGUACUCCUGAUGUGAUGCCAGUACCUGAUCCUGACACACUUCUACUGCUGUGGCCUGUCUACUUCCUCUGCUUGAAGCUUCUGCACUUGUGAUCAAUUGCUGCUUCUGUGGAUGCUCCUACAUGGAUACACUAAAAAUUGCCCUUCCCAAACACAGUUUAUGCCCAAGACUUAAUCUCACCCUUUCUUCAGUGGACAAUUUCACCUGGAUAUU